GCCACCUCUCCAGACCCCCAAUCCCUUCCUAACCCGCUUGACCUGGCUCGCUCUGAGGUGUUUAUGGCAGCUUUCUCCAGGCACGGCCAUCUGUCACCUGCCUUGUUUCCUGGUGACAGACAGUCCAUCAGCUACCCCACAGAAGGGCUAGGUGUGAGGUGCGCUGAGCCACAGACUGACCCCCUGCCGUGAUGGUCUUUUUUUUUUUGGAGUCUCUAGAGCCCCAGGAGGAACUGUUUCUUGGCGUUCUAUCACAGCUGCUUGCUGAAUAAGAAGGGACUCAGGCUGGAUGCAGAGGAGCCACUAUUGCCCCUGAGAGGACUGGACAUGUCUGAGGCACUGCCCUGCCCCAGCAACAAUACCCCAACCCCUGGAUGCAGUUUAAAGACACUGUACUGGGCAUGUGUCCACAAUGACCUUGCUGAGCUCCAAGCCAGGCUGGACGUUGGUGUGUCCCCAGAGGAGGCCUCCCAAGUGGACAGCAACGGGAGGACAGGCCUCAUGGUCGCAUGCUACCGUGGCUUUGGUUCCAUUGUGGCUCUGCUCAGCUGCUGUCCUUUCCUGGAUGUGAACCAACAGGACAAAGAAGGGAACACAGCCCUCAUGCUGGCUGCUCAAGCAGGUCAUAUAUCUCUGGUGUCUCUCCUGCUCAACUAUUUUGCUGGCUUGGACCUGGAACGCAGGGACCAGCGGGGACUAACAGCUCUGAUGAAGGCUGCCAUUCAAGACCGCUCUGAGUGUGUGGUUGCCCUCCUUAUGGCAGGUGCCGACCUGAGCUCUGUGGAUCCUGUCAGGGGCAAGACAGCCUUGGAAUGGGCUUUUCUGACUGACAGCUUUGACACUGUUCGGAGGAUCCGGCAGCUGCUGAGGAGGCCCCAGGCAGAGCAGCUCAGCCUGCACUACCAGCCAGAGUGGCCAGCCUUGGCCCAACUUGUGGCCCAGGCUCAGACUCAGGCUUCCCCAACCCUCCUAGAAAGGCUGCAGGCUACUCUGAGCCUCUCUUUUGCUCAGUCUCCACAGGAAGGGGGUGUCCUGGACCACUUGGUGACUGUCACCACCAGCUUGGCCAGUCCCUUCCUGACCACUGCCUGCCACACACUGUGCCCUGACCACACACCUACGCUGGGCACUCGAGGCAAGUCAGUGCCAGAGCUGUUGGGUACUGCCCCUCCACCUCCCCCAGCACCCCAGCCUCCUCAGGAAGUUCCUGUCCCCCAGGUCUUUUCCCCCUACCAGAGCCCUCAGAGUAUAUUCUUCCAGUGGCUACAGUCCAGGGACAGUACCAGGACCCAAGUCCCUAAGAUCCUUCUCUCUAAAGCACCUUCAACCCCUAGGCAGUAUGAGUUGAGACUCAAGCCUUCAGGGCAGCAAACUCUGGCUCUUCCUGUCUGGAGAUUCAAGGAGAGGAAGAAAAAGAAGAAGGAGGAAGCCACAUAGAACCACAAGGAGGUGGGCUAGGCCAACCUAGAGGCAACUAAGACACAUUCCUGUCUGGGGCCUUUUUCUGCUUCACAAUUCUCUCUGCCAGUGGGAACCUGCUUCCACCAAGUGUCCAGGGUUGUCCAUAGAACUGUCUGCAGGAUAGAAGGAACCAACUUGAUAUCUGCCGGCAGGGGACUGACUGGCUACAGUGGUUAUGGUGGUAAUACUCAUACACUGUAUUCUGUGUAGGACAUCAUAAAGCAAGAGAAAGGGCUGGCAAGAUGUCUCAGUGGUUAAGACCACCGACUGCUCUUCCAGAG